UUGUGCUGUUGUUGGUUUCAAUAAUGUGUGUGGUGAAAUUUUAUAAUUUAUAUGGUGAUUAGUCCACAAAUAUAUCGAAAAUAUUUGCUCUGUGAAAUUAUAAACUUAUAAAGAUAACCAAAUAUGACGAAGGAUAGACUUGCAGCUCUGAAAGCGGUUCAAGGUGAUGAUGACGUUGCCGUUAGUGUGGAAGACACCCGUGGGAGCGGGUUUAUGGAGGAAUUCUUCGCAGAGGUUGAAGAAAUUAGGGAGAACAUUGAAAAAAUACAGGGAAAUGUCGAAGAAGUCAAAAAGAAACACAGUGCAAUACUAUCAGCGCCACAGACAGAUGAAAAAGUCAAGCAGGAGUUGGAAGACCUUAUGGCUGACAUCAAGAAAACCGCCAAUAGAGUACGUGCUAAAUUAAAAGUUAUGGAGCAAAAUAUUGAACAGUUAGAGCAGACAAGUAUGAUGUCUGCGGAUUUCAGGAUACGCAAAACGCAACAUUCUAUGUUGUCUCAAAAGUUUGUCGAAGUCAUGACAGAUUACAACAAGACUCAAACAGACUACAGGGAGCGAUGCAAAGCUCGUAUUCAAAGGCAGCUAGAAAUAACUGGAAAAGUUACCACAAAUGACGAAUUAGAAGAAAUGUUAGAAAGUGGAAAUCCUGCAAUUUUUACACAAGGAAUCAUCAUGGAAACACAACAAGCGAAACAGACCCUUGCUGAUAUUGAAGCCAGGCAUGCUGAUAUCAUCAAGUUAGAGAACAGUAUUAGGGAGCUACAUGACAUGUUUAUGGAUAUGGCAAUGUUAGUUGAAAGUCAGGGAGAAAUGAUUGACAGGAUUGAAUAUCAUUGUGAACAUGCUAGAGAUUAUAUCGAGACAGCAGUUCAAGAUACUAAAAAGGCUCUUGCUUAUCAGAGUAAAGCUCGAAGAAAGAAGAUCAUGAUCAUGAUUUGUGUGAUUAUCCUGGUUGUGGUACUGGUUUCCACUCUUGGUGGAAUGUUUGGCAUGUAACCUUCUACAGCUUGC